AUGCAUGGCCAGCCCAUGAGGCGGACCAGGGGGUGUCAGCAUUCUGGUAUUUACGUUCAAGACCCCUCGAGCCAUACAGUGGCGGAAAUCCUGGAAGCUUCGCCUCGUUUUGGCCCCCAACUGACCGUCAUCUCGAGGUGGGCAGGACAAUCAUCUCGGGCAUGUUUGUCAAGAGGGGUUAUCAAGUCUGGUGGCUCGGAUUCUCAAACACAACGAAAUGCUGCCAUGGCUUUUGUAACUCAGCGCCCUCCUAAACCUCAGCGCUUUUGGGACGAAAUGGAUCAGGACAAUCGGAUUCAAAGUCAGCAGCUCAUACUGCGUGAUAGCCAUGAUCCUGCCCAGCAGGCAGAGCCACUUAUGCGAGAAACAGUUUCUACACCACGCAUAGUCGAAGUUCAAAGAACACCGGGGGGCGGGCACUAUGUCAAAUCAUUGAAUGUACCUGAUGCUGGGCGUUUGCUUUCUGAUAGAAAAGUGAGCGGAGUAUGGAACCCGACCCAAAAUUCCGACUUUACUGUCCAUCUGGAAAUGGGAGUCAAGGAUGAUAUAAAAGAUGUUCUGGAAGACUUCCAUGCCCUGAGUCGGAUUGGAGACUACAAUGCUGCGCGCGAGUAUUUUGCAGACAAUCUUGCACCCUAUCAAGAUCAACCUUACGUUCUGGUAUCUUAUGCAGAGAUCUUACUGCAACAAGGCGACUACCUCGGGGUAUUGGAUGUCGACGAAACUCCUAUGCAUAACCUGAGGACACAUCUGAAAGAAGACAUGGAAAGUCGCCUCCUCAUAUCGUACUGGGACUUGAUUGUUAUCUUCGCACAAAGCCACCAGCCCCUUUCUCUUCAAGUGCAAGCAGAGAAAAUUCUACGAGUAGUCAGAGACCUGUAUGAUACUAUUCGCAUUCCGGGAAGAGUAAUUGGGUCUACAGAAAUAAAACUACUUUUGCUUCUAGUCCGAUUAGACCAACGACCACACCCAAUUUACGGCAGUCUACUUCGACAGGGUCGUGUGUGGGAUAUGCACGAUCUAACAGAAGCUAUUGUCGAGAGUGGCAAUCUUCCUGGAUUUCUGUAUCAUAUUUUCGAUCAACACGACGUACAAAGUGGUAUACAAAAGCUUGUUACGCAGUGGGAGAGGCCAGUAGAGACGGAUGUGUCGACUGCUCUUGCACUACUUGACUUGAUAAUGUUCAUCAUUUUUGAUGCACUCCCUCCGUCGCUUAUUACCACCGGUAUGGGGCUAUUAGACUUGGCCACGCCGAUUGCUACAUCUAUAGCACAGAAGCACAAAGAAAAGACCAAAUCUCGGCCAUACAUGCGAUGGGUUCUUGCCAAGGCAUACGGACUUACUCCUGGAAUAUCCGGUUCCCUCCUUGAUCACCUUCAUGAGUCAGGUGGCAUGCUAUGGCAGCCAGCAGGGUACUCACUUCCACAGUAUAUACCAGCAAGUGCUAACAAUCCAGGUUGGAAACAGCCCGAGGCACCUACAUAUCUUCUCGAGCCAGUGAAGCUUGUUGUGAAUACCUCAAGGAGUAUGGGAGACUUUAAGACGGAAGUCCUGGCCUUGAAAUGUCUGAUACAGCUUUCAAAAGACCCAGUGGUUCCGUUCCGGGAGCUUGUUGAACUGCAAAAACUGGAUCAAGGUGACAUCGACGGUUGUCUUGAGACACUUAUCUCCAGUUACCUUGUCUGUGACACACAAGAAUCGAUUUUCCGUCUGCAGAAUGAACUUGGUGAAUAUACAUCUGCACCUGGAUUCGCACAUUUCUUCUCACACAACAAAGUAUGGCUGGCUAGUAUGCUUUUCUCCGCCAUUGGCAACGAAGGGCCCGAGGCGAACGCGGCUGCUCGUUUGGCUGAUGAGCAAUACGACAUUAUCGACGAUGAGCUUCGAACUUUAGCGGACCACAUCAUGCCGAGCCUCAAGCAACGUGUGAAUGAUCGCCGUGCUCUGGUCAAAUUCGCCUCUGCAGAUCAACGCCUGCCGGACAACGACAUCGAGUUGCCAAAGGUCGCCGACCACUCGCUCGAUACAACACCCGUAGAUCAUCGAGAUAUACAAUCGGAAGGAUACAACGAUGAAGAAAAUGAGACGAGCAGCUUCAUUGGUUCCAGUGUAAGCUCCAUGCAGCGAGAGAAUUUUCCGAGCCCACCGAGAAACAACACUGAAUCAGAGCUGGCCAGAACACCAUGUUCCAAUCCUGAACGUGAGCUUGGUACUAAAGGAAAGGUCGAUCCCCAAAACCCCAAUAACAAAAAGAAGCCAACAGACUUUUACCGGUCUCGGGGGACACAAAUGGACGGUUUCCACGGAUUUGCUGAAUCCCUUGCCCCAUGUCAGAUAUCAUUUGGAAGCAGUAUUCACCCAUCCCCAAUUAUACGUCAUGCGAAUAUUGAAGGAGGUGAAGAGAAUCGGGAUUUAAACUCCGACCACACAAAUGCUGGCAACGCUCCUGCCGAGCUAGAUUCAUACCAGAUCAGUACGCUCGGCUUGCCUGAAGCGCUCAAAAUUAGAAGGCCCGUGGACAAUGAUUUUCUGCCACACUUCGAUGUAGGCGGAAGUAGUAAUGACCUGGUACCAAAAAUUGUUGGUGGAAGCUCGGUUCAGAUAGGUGAGCGGGUUUUUGACAUUCCGAUGAAAAGGUUCGGACGCGAGGUUCACUCGGCAGGGGAGGCAUCUAACCCGGAGGAGAACACCUCGGGAGUUUCCAAAGAGUACAGACAUACUAGACCAGAAGGAAGUAGGAGUCAAGAGACAAAAACCCCUACUAUUACUGUCAACGACAUUCGCCCUCAGCAGGGGGGCCAAGGAUCAAGGAAAGAAGGGCCGGACUUGAAGAUCAAAAGAGCCGUCAGUUUCUCGCAGGAUAAAAAUCAAGGUGCACAAGGCCGUACAUUUACUGAAGAGCCAGAGUUGCACAAGGUUCCUGGCAGGGCGAAAAGCUGGCAAGCUGGCCAGUCUGCAACUUUACGCACCCACUCGAAAGGGGACAAUGUGCGUAAGAAGUCCAUCCCGCAAGCCUGUGAGUAUCUCCAGGUCUAUUUCAAAGCUGGGGAAGUCUGCCGGGGAUGGGACACAUCACCGGGCAAGCGGGAGAACAGCAUCUCACCGAGCUUUGGAACGAGAGCCCGACUCAACGUCGCCUGUGAUUCCACGCCGUUCUACAAAAAACGAAGUUCUACUCCGUACAAGGAGUAUGGAUGUUCCCAGUGA